AUGAUUAAGGCAGUUACCUCCAAGCAUCUAAGCAUCAAGUCCGUAUCUAUCUAUCUAUCUAUCUAUCUAUCUAUCUAUCUAUCUAUUCUCAUCUCUCAACUGACUGAUCUAUCUAUCUAUCUAUCUAUCUAUCUAUCUAUCUAUCUAUCUAUCUAUCUAUCUAUCUACCUUCACCCCUCCUUUCUCUCAGUUUGCUUCUAUCUAUCUAUCUAUCUAUCUAUCUAUCUAUCUGCUUGUUUAUUCCCUGUUUCUCUGCCUAGUUAUCACAUAUCAUUAUCUACGAAACAGAUAUCUUACUCCUGCACUCUCAACUUGUUAUGGAUACAAGUGGGUGGGCCAUCACUCAUAUACCCCUCUAAACCAAUUCAAAUCACCUCUUUCUCUCUUUUCUUUUCUAUGUCUUUCUUUCUUUCUUUCUUUCUUUCUUUCUUUCUUUCUUUCUUUCUUUCGUACCCACCUCCACUUCUUGUGUACAGACACCUCCUUAUCUUUCAAUUUUACCGGCAAAUCCAACACGAUUAUUUUCUCACCAAUCGUCACUCAAAAGUUAACCGCUCCAACGUGAAAGUGCUGAGCGACAUCAGAAGACACUGUUUCGUCUUAUUUGGUGAUUAUAAGGACCAACCAAUUACGACGAAACGUUGGCGCAGCGCGUGGCGCGAAUUCACAAAUAGCGCAGGAAAUUGUUCGGAUGUUCAUGGGCCGAAAUAUGUCAAAAUUAUAUUUGCUAAAAUCUAUCUAUCUAUCUAUCUAUCUAUCCAUCUAUCUUUCUAUCUAUCUAUCUGUCUUUUAUUAUUUUUCUUCUUCGUGUCAUGCUACUAUUCUGUCAUCUACCGUUUUUACUUUUCAUCACCUCCAGCUUUCCUUCAUUUCUUUCUUCAACUCCUCCUACCUUCCUUUAAUUUUUCUCUUCUUCCUCCUCAUUUUCUCAUCUUCUCUCUUACAUCUUCUACUCUUCUUAAUUUUUCUCUUCUUCCUCCUCAUUUUCUCCUCUUCCCUCUUACAUCUCCUACUCCUCUCAAUUUUUCUCUUCUUCCUCCUCAUUUUCUCCUCUUCCCUCUUACAUCUACUACUGCUCUCAAUUUUUCUCUUCUUCCUCCUCAUUUUCUCCUCUUCCCUCUUACAUCUACUACUCCUCUCAAUUUUUCUCUUCUUCCUCCUCAUUUUCUCCUCUUCCCUCUUACAUCUCCUACUCCUCUCAAUUUUUCUCUUCUUCCUCCUCAUUUUCUCCUCUUCCCUCUUACAUCUACUACUGCUCUCAAUUUUUCUCUUCUUCUUCCUCAUUUUCUCCCCUUUUGUCUUAUUCACCACCGACUCUUAAUUUUUUCUUCUUCUUUUUCAUUUUUCUCCCCUUCUGUCUUAUUCACCUCAAGCUCCUCCUCCUCCUCCUCCUGCUCCUUCUUCUUCUUCUUCUUCUUCUUCUUCUUCUUCUUCUUCUUCUUCUUCUUCUUCUUCUUUAUUUUCCUCCUUUUAUGUUUUAUUCCCCUACUCUUAAUUUUUCUCUUCUUUCUUCACAUUUUCUCCCCUUCUGAUUUAUUCACAUCCUCCUCUUAUUUUUUCUCUUCUUCCAUUUUAUUUUUCUCUUCUGGCUAUUUCACCCCCACUGAUCUUCAUUUAAUUUUUCUCUUCUUUUUCUUCCUCCUUAUUUAUCUCCCCUUCUGUCUUAUUCAUCUCCUACUCUUUCUUUUAAAUAUUCCCUUUUCCCCUGUUAUUUUUCUCCCCUUCUUGCAAAUUCACAAUCGCUUACCUUUUUCAUUUCUCCAGUUUUUCAUUUCUCCCGUUUUUCUUUUCUACCGUUCUUCUUUUCAAACGUUUUUCUUUUCUUUCUUUCUUCUUUUCUUAGUUUAUUCUUUCUUUUGUUCUUUCGGUCGUUCUGUUUUCAUCCUCUCUGGUUAUUCUUUCUUUCUUUCUUUCAUUCUUUCUUUCUUUCUUUCUUUCUUUCUUUCUUUCUUUCUUUCUUUCUUUCUUUCUUUCUUUCUUUCUUUCUUUCUUUCUUUCUUUGGUUCAUUCGUUCAGUUGUAUUCUUUAUUUUUGUUCAUGUGUUUGUCUCUUUUAUUCUGUAAUUGUUUGUUCAUUUCUUUCUUUCUUUUGUUUGUGCAAUCUUUUUUCUUUCUUUUGCACGUUCAUUCUCCCUCUUUCUUCCUUUCUUUCUUUCUUUCUUUUUUCUUUCUUUCUUUCUUUGGUUCGUUCGUUCAGAUUUAUUCUUUCAUUUUCAUGUCUUUUUCUCGUUUUUCUCUAUUUGGUUUGCUCAUUUCUUUCUUUCUUUUUUUCGUUCGUUCAUUUGUAUUCUUUCAUUUUGUUCAUUUUUUUCUCUCGUUCAUUCUUCAUUAUAUUUGUUCAUUUAUUUCUUUUGUUUGUGGGCUCACUUUUCUCUCUUUCUUUUCUCAUUUUUAUUCUCCCUCUGUCAGUGACAUUUUUUAUGAAUAUUUUAUACGCCUUUCUUCCCUGUCUCUUCUUCUUUGA